CACAGACUCACCUCCGGCAGUAUAAAGGAAUACCUUCCUGAUGACAGUCUCUCUUUGCAGUGCUACCUUAUCCCUGGUUGUUCUGGAAGCAACAUCUUCUAUUAUGAAAAUUUAGGAACUAGAUCAGAGUUAAGACUGCUCCUCACAUAGAUCGCAUCCUUGGACUAGUACCUGUUACAAAAUCCUGGACAUUCACAAUGAGCAUUAGUGAAGACGACGUGGAAAAGUUUCUUGAUGGAAACCCUGCUUUUGCCAAGCAGUACUUUGAGAAGAAACUGAAAACAGAGUCCUGGGAUGACAAUGAAAGUGAAAUACUUUUUGAGUUGAUCCAAGACAUGCAAGAAAGCAUCAACAUGGAGAAAGUUGUUUUCAAGACCUUGAGAAGAAUCAGGUCCCUUAUUCAUGCGGACCGCUGUAGUCUUUUCAUGUACAGGCAGAGAAACGGCACACCUGAACUGGCAACAAGGCUUUUCAACAUCCAAGAGGGAAGCACGCUGGAGGAAUGCCUGGUCUCCCCAGACUGCGAGAUAGUCUAUCCGUUGGACAUAGGCAUUGUGGGCUACGUUGCACAAACCAAGAAAACCAUGAAUAUCAAGGAUGUCAGCGAGUGUGCCCAGUUCAGUCCAUUUGUUGAUGAGCUCACCGACUACACUACAAAAAGCAUCCUUGCAACACCGAUCUUGAACGGCAAAGAUCUAGUUGCUGUCAUAUUGGCUCUUAAUAAGCUGAACGGCCCAUACUUCACCAGCUCUGAUGAAACACUUUUCCUGAAGUACCUGAAUUUUGCAUCCUUAAACUUGAAAAUUUAUCACUUGAGUUACCUUCACAAUUGUGAGACUCGAAGAGGCCAGGUGCUGUUGUGGUCAGCUAAUAAGGUUUUUGAGGAACUGACAGAUAUUGAGAGGCAAUUCCACAAGGCUUUCUACACAGUGAGAGCGUACCUCAACUGUGACAGGUACUCAGUAGGCCUCCUGGACAUGACCAAGCAGAAGGAAUUUUUUGAUCUGUGGCCAGUCCUGCUGGGAGAAGUUCCUCCCUACUCAGGACCUCGCACUCCGGAUGGCAGAGAAAUAGUCUUUUACAAAGUCAUUGAUUAUAUAUUACAUGGAAAAGAAGACAUUAAAGUCAUCCCAAAUCCUACCCCAGAUCACUGGGCACUAGUAACUGGACUGCCAACAUAUGUGGCUGAAAGUGGAUUUAUUUGCAACAUUAUGAAUGCUGCUGCAGAUGAGAUGUUUAACUUUCAGGAAGGUCCUCUAGACGAAUCAGGAUGGACUAUCAAAAAUGUUCUCUCCAUGCCAAUAGUCAACAAAAAGGAAGAAAUUGUUGGUGUUGUCACAUUUUAUAACAGAAAAGAUGGGAAACCAUUUGAUGAACAGGACGAGACCCUUAUGGAGUCCCUGACACAGUUUCUGGGCUGGUCCGUACUCAACACAGAUACAUAUGAUAAGAUGAACAAGCUGGAGAACCGGAAAGACAUUGCCCAGGAUAUGGUGCUCUACCAUGUGAAGUGUGACAAGGAUGAAAUUCAGGAAAUUCUGCCAACACGAGAAAAGCUGGGGAAGGAGCCAAAUGAGUGUGAGGAAGAGGAGCUGGCAAGUAUCCUGAAAGAAGAACUCCCAGGGCCCACCAAGUUCGAAAUCUAUGAGUUCAGGUUCUCCGAUUUCGACUGCACCGAGCUGGAGCUGGUGAAGUGUGGCAUUCAGAUGUACUACGAGCUUGGCGUGGUGAAGAAGUUCCAGAUCCCGCAGGAGGUUCUGGUGAGGUUUGUGUACUCUGUCAGCAAAGGCUACCGGAAGAUAACGUAUCACAACUGGCGCCAUGGCUUCAACGUUGCACAGACCAUGUUCACGCUCCUAAUGACUGGCAAACUGAAGCGUUACUACACAGACCUAGAAGCCCUUGCAAUGGUAACUGCUGCUCUGUGCCACGAUAUCGACCACAGAGGAACCAACAACCUUUACCAGAUGAAAUCUCAAAAUCCAUUAGCUAAACUUCAUGGAUCCUCAAUUUUAGAGAGGCAUCACUUGGAAUUUGGAAAGUUUUUGCUCUCUGAAGAGUCACUGAACAUAUGCCAGAACCUCAACCGGAGACAACAUGAGCACAUGAUUCACCUGAUGGACAUUGCCAUUAUAGCAACAGAUCUGGCACUGUACUUCAAGAAAAGGACAAUGUUCCAGAAGAUCGUUGAUGAGUCUAAGACAUACGAUAACAUGAAUGCCUGGACUGAAUACCUGUCUCUGGAGACAACAAAGAAAGAGGUUGUCAUGGCCAUGAUGAUGACUGCUUGUGAUUUGUCAGCCAUCACUAAACCUUGGGAAGUCCAGAGUAAGGUAGCUCUCCUGGUAGCAGCUGAGUUCUGGGAGCAAGGGGACUUAGAAAUAAGCGUCCUUCAGCAACAGCCCAUUCCCAUGAUGGACAGGAGGAAAGCCGCUGAGCUUCCAAAGCUUCAAGUGGGUUUCAUCGACUUUGUGUGCACGUUUGUCUAUAAGGAAUUCUCACGUUUCCAUGAGGAAAUUCAGCCUAUGCUCGACGGGCUGCUGAACAAUAGGAAUGAAUGGAAGACCCGUGCUGAUGAGUAUGAUGCAAAAAUGAAAGCUCUGGAGGAAGAGAAGAAAAAAGAGGAAGAGAAGAUGGCUGCACAAAAAGAUGGAAUAACCUGUAACGGAGGAACAGCUCCAGCUUCAAAAACCUGCAGUAUACUUUAGACCUAUUUCCAAUGCAAUAUACAACACCCAAAAUGAGAAUGCCCAUGCUUUUAAAAAAAAAAAUUAUCAUGGCUUACAAAUACGUUCCUGAUUGGACUGUUUUGCUACUUUAAUUAGGCUUACGACCAACCAGGGAAGGGCUAGAUCUCGUUUGCCUUAAUUGCAUCUCUUCCUGAUGGUGAGGAGCCCGUUCUGUCCUGUCCCUCUCUCCAUUUAAUGUACCCGAUGUUGUCAGAUGGCAUGUGGCAAGUCAGAGCAAUGUUUGGCCCAAUAAGCCAGGUUGUAUGACUGCAGAAAAAACAUUUCUCCAGCACUGAAACAUUUCAAACCCCAAAGCUAAUAGGGCCUGCUGAAUUCAUAUCCUGCUCUGUACAACCCUACAUGAUUGAUGUUCAGAGUAGACAAAUUGAGGAACAGCUGAAUUUACCAUAUCUAAGUCCACAUCUUUGCAGAUAUCAAAAAGAAAUCUAUAUGUAGGGAUAACAUAUGAAAACCUUUGAGCUGUUCUGAAAAGUUGCAUUUCCACGUAAAUCUGAGGGACCCUCACAGUGACAAUAAUUCUGCAUUCACUUCAGGACUUUAGGUAGGGUGCUGCUCUAAAGCCCGGAGCCGUGCGUGCAAGAUCGGGUAGCUGCAGAAUCCGGUAGCUGCUAUCUUCUCCAGCAGGAGCCAUCCACACUGUGUGCUAACCGAGGCUUUGGCCCGUGACACAUGAUUGUAAGAAGACAGCAUUCUGAUUACUCAUUGCAGCUCCAGUUACGGUUACCCAAGCAACCUGAAUCGUGGCAUCUGACUUCAUUCUGUUUUACCUUGUAAUGCCAAUGUUAUUUAAUGCAGUCCUUUUCUGAUCGGUCCCAGCCCUCCUUCCUUUUCUCCUUCUGCUCUGAGAUGUCUGGCUUUCUCAUUCCCCGCCAAACUUCAAAGGACUGAUGACUUCCACUCUUUUAUUUCAGAUAAAAGUUAGUUUUCAAGUUUAUUAAUGCAGCCAUAUUAGAACAUUCAAUUGCACUCUUACAGAGACACCCUUCUGUGCUCCUCCUGCCCUUCCUCCCUCUCUCUCUUUCUCUCUCUUUCUCUCUCUCAGUGCAUGGUGUAUCAGCCAUGUAACAAGAGUUCAAUUUGUGGGGAUUUUAUUCAUCUUCUAUUACUCCUGCUACCUUCAGUGCUUUUACCCUUCAGUAACUUAUUUGCAUUAAGGAAGUACUGUAAGUAAAAGGAAAACUAUAGCCAUAGUGGUAUCUGGUGCUCGUUUAUCCAGGUCCCAGUGUACUAAGCAAGAUAUAAUCCUCUAUUGCUAGGCAGCCGUUACAUGAGCAGCAAGUUGUCCUUCAGGAAAAUGCAGAAACCCGUCCACUUGCAUGAAAGCUAAAUAUGAAGCUAGUAAUUGCUUCACACUGUGUGUCUCAGCUUCAUUAGUGACCAUGUAGGAAGCUUCCAUCGCAUAGCAGCACUUCCAGGAUACGAAGCCAAACAAGUCAUUGCUUUCAGCCAGCGAAACGCCAUGAGUUUAUCUUAGUGUGGCACGGCAAGAAGUGGGUUUUUAAGAUCACCUCCAGCCACUGUACAG